AUGAAGAUUGUGGCCAUCAAGAAGAUGGACCUGCCGACGGCGAAGCAGGCGGACGGCGAGCGGGAGUUCCGGGUGGAGAUCGACAUCCUGAGCAGGCUGGACCACCCCAACCUGGUGACGCUGAUCGGCUACUGCGCCGACGGGAAGCACCGGUUCGUGGUCUACGAGUUCAUGCCCAAGGGCAACCUGCAGGACGUCCUCAACGGCAUCCACGGCGAGGUGAGGAUGGGGUGGGGGCAACGGCUGCGGAUCGCGCUGGGCGCCGCCAGGGGGCUCGCGUACCUGCACUCCACCACCGCCGUCGGCGUCCCCGUCGUCCACCGGGACUUCAAGUCGAGCAACAUCCUCCUCUCGGACCACUUCGAGGCCAAGAUCUCGGACUUCGGGCUGGCCAAGCUGAUGCCGCAGGACCUGGACCUGUACGCCACCACCAGGGUGCUGGGCACCUUCGGCUACUUCGAUCCUGAGUACGCGCUGACGGGGAAGCUGACGCUGCAGAGCGACGUGUACGCGUUCGGCGUCGUCCUCCUGGAGCUGCUCACCGGCCGCCGCGCCAUCGAUCUCAGCCAGGGGCCUCAGGACCAGAACCUCAUCGUCAAGAUACACCAGAUGGUGGGCGACCGGAAGAAGCUGCGCAAGGUGGUGGACCGGGACAUGGGGAAGGGGUCGUACACGUUGGAGUCGGUGUCCAUGUUCGCGGGCCUCGCCGCGCGCUGCGUCUGCUUCGAGAGCGCCGGCCGGCCGGCCAUGCAGGACUGCGUCAAGGAGCUCCAGCUCAUCAUGUACGCCAACAUGAAGAUAUGA